GUCCAACUUGCCAUCCAGCACACUCGUCACGCCCGUCUUCAUCUCUACGACUCCAUUCAUACAACUCCACCUCAAACAACCAACACAAACCUCCAUCUAUCACAAUGGGUUUCGAGAACGGUGACCACAAGAAGGGUGCCAACCUCUUCAAGACCCGAUGCGCUCAGUGCCAUACCCUGAAGGAGGGUGAGGGCAACAAGAUCGGCCCCAACCUACACGGCCUCUUCGGCCGCAAGACUGGUCAGGUCGAGGGUUACUCAUACACCGACGCCAACAAGCAGAAGGGCAUCACCUGGGACGAGAACACCUUGUUCGAGUACCUCGAGAACCCCAAGAAGUACAUUCCCGGAACCAAGAUGGCUUUCGGUGGUCUCAAGAAGCCCAAGGACCGCAACGACCUGAUUACCUUCCUCCAGGAGGAGACCAAAUAAGCGCAUCGCCACCCGAGCGCUUUCAUCUCUUCGACACGCCAUGACCCUUCUCUAUACUUCCGUUUCCCACCUUCUUCCGAUUGUACCAACACCGAUAGACGUACGAUUGAGAUGAGGCACACCUACGGGGUGCCAUUGUCUUCUGUAGAUUAUGUUUGGCGUAUGAUGCCAGGGCGCGUUUUCGACUUAUGAUGCAGCAUAGAGCCGGUUUGGAACUUAGCGGCACGAUCGAAUAAACAUUCUCCCACUCCAUACCACUUUCUUUGACGUGACUCGUGUAUGACGACGGCAUUUGGCUUUGACUUUAACGGAACAAUUUCCCACAUGAUUUCACAUGUGUCAACACGUGUUUUGUAGAAACAGGUACAUUGGCCUUGUACAACCUUGCGGCGGACCAAAUUUCAGCCAAUAAUACAGCCAACAAAUUUUCUGA